UGAAUCAUUGCGACAGACGGAACGGUGCUUGCCAAGCGUGUCUUCAAGGCGUCCUGUCUCCCCGAGAACGAUGCCAAUCCGAAGUCACAACAUACCGGCAUUCCCAUGCAUACCACAGCGCAGCAGCGCCAGAUUUCCCUCUAGGUAAUGUAGUGAGUAAUUGCAUGGUCACAGCGUAUGAAACUCGAUGGGCCACAGGGUUUUAGUUUUCUUUAAGGUAUUGCGCUUGCCCAUACUUAGUUGCUACUCGAAUUUUGCAGCAAGAUCGCAUGUCUUAUCUAUAUUGUUUAGUAUAACCUCUGGUAUAACCAAUGCAACACUUGACUUUUCACUUGCCUGAUUUGUCCAGAAAAAAAAAAAAAACACGUGGAUAGUUGUUAUGAGCAUUCCCUUUGAAACGGGGCGGUGGGUUGCGCCAUCAAGCCCUUGCUUUUAUACUGUCUAAUCUGCUAUCUAAAUUAAACAAUAAUUAAAAAAAAACACUAUGAACUUUCACAAACUAAUUUUCUGAUCCCCUAUUCACAAACUGCUUUCACCUGCGCCCUCUUACAGUGCCUAGCCCUCUGUGCCCCUCGCGAUGUUUAAAACAUGACGUUGUCGGCAUAGGUAAAGCAAUGGCAGCAGGGAAGCGGCGCACGCCGAGAUGCAGCCUGACGACGUGACCCAGUGCGUUCAGAGAAACGUCCGCAACUGCGAACUGGACGUGCAUCCGACCGAGAAGGCCCUCGUAGUCCGGUACGAGGUGGAAGCGGUCGUCCUGGGCGACGAUGGGCCAGCGCUCGAGCAGAGCCGCUCCUGCCAGAAGCUUAUACGCGUCAAGAGCAUCAACGCCACGACCGACGUGGCUGCGCUGGCUCGCGAGAUUGUUGCCAAGUGCGACCUCUUGCACGAGUCCCAGACGGGCCGAGUGGAGCGACUGCUUUCGUACCUCCAGCAGCGCAAGGACAACGGGACGUUUAGCAGGCCCCAGACAGGAGUCCAGUCGUGGCAGCAUGGAGGCUCAUCACCUUCAGGAGGUCGAGCGGCACCGAUGGCCAGCAUGGCCUGCCUCGAGUCUUACGUGGACAUGCUGUAUGAGGAAGGGGAGGACAAAGUGCGUAGCUCGGCCAUGGUGCUGCAGCUGGCUCGCAGCCCAGACAACUUGGGUGAGCUGGCAGCCAAUGACACCCUGUUAUGUGCACUGGCCCGGGUGCUACGAGAGGAUGGCCGCAGGGACACCCAGCUGGCCACCAACCUGGCCUAUGUCUUCUUCUGCCUCUCAACUUUCUCACAGUUUCACCCAGUCAUUGCCGAGUACAAGGUUGGCUCCAUCUGCCUAGAUUUGGUGGAGUACGAGUUGCGACGGCAUGCUCACUGGAGAGAGGAGCUGUCGCGAGCACCAGACGACGAUCGUAGUCGGCGCAAGUUUAUGGGGCUAACACGCCGACAGGACCAGCUUCUACGUGUGUGCCUCUACCUGCUUCUCAAUGUGGCCGAGGAGCCACGCAGCGAGAUCAAGAUGGUCAACCGUGGACUUGUGCCCAUGCUUGUUGAAUGCCUCGAACGGGAACAGACGGACCUGCUCCUGAUUGCAGUCUGCUUCUUGAAGAAGCUCUCCAUCUACUAUGAGAAUCAGGCUGAAAUGGCGCGGCUACUGACCAUUGAACGGCUUGCACCGCUGCUGUCUCAGGAGCCACUCACAUCGUCCGUGAUACGUCUGCUGCUCAACCUGUCUUUUGAUCGUGCACACCGUGCUGCCAUGUCUGCAGCAGGGCUUAUCUCCAAGUUUGUUCAGCUCCUUGUCAAGGAAGGGCGUGCAGCAUCUGAUGAGACACCAAUUCUCUGUAUCUUGUAUCACCUGAGCCUUGAUGAUCGGUGCAAGUCCCAGUUUCCCUACACAGACUGCAUGCCGUGGUUGGUCAGGUCCCUUCUGGCAAGCCAGAGUCCACAGCCGGCUCCACUGGCACUGGCCAUCAGCCUAGCCAGCCAUCGACGCAAUGCCCAGCUAUUUUCUGGGGCUCUUGAGAAGCUGCUGGAGCGUGCUCUGCGGGAUGCAGAUGCCUUGUUCUUGCGGCUUGUGCGGACUGUGGCACAGCACAGCGGUGCAGCUUGUGGAGCAUCCCUCAUGUCCCAUGCAGAUGCCCUCUGUGCUGCACUCAUGCAGCAUUCCUCAGGAGCUGAGAGUGAUUUUGCAGUAGAGUGUGCCUCUACACUAGCACAGCUGGAGGGGGGCCCCUUUGGGAAACUGCUGAACAGACUUUUGCCAUGGAUUCGUAGCCGCCUUGCCGAGGGGCCAGAUGAGCUGCUUGUGCCUUUGGUUCAACUACUGGCCACAGUGGCACGGAGCAGUGAGACUUGUGCCAAGGCCGUCAUGCAGCAGAGUCUGGUUGCCGACUUGACAGGCCUACUCAGAGCCAAGCAGGAGGAUGACCAACUAGUGCUACAGGUGGCAUACGUGUUCGAAGCCUUGGUGAGCAGUGGCGGUGCUGCUGUACGGGAGUCGCUGGUGCAAGGUUCACAGGAGGUGCCAGCAUACCUGCUUGACCUCCUUCAUGACCGCAACCCAGAGGUGGGCCAUGUCUGCAGCCACGCAUUGACCGUGCUGGCCCACUACUACCCUGAGUGGGACCGCCGGCUGUGUGAGGCACGCUUCUGUUGGCACAAUGCACAGUGGCUGGCAGUAGUCCAGUCAGGAGGGGCACCAGAGGAACAUGAAGAGGGCCCUUGCGAGCAGUUCCUGGACCGAUCGGACCUUCUAUCCAAUGGUAGUGCUACUUCUGAUCCUUGAACUGACUGUCAUCAAAUCUGACAGUGAUGAACUUCACAGGACCUGAGACCUUUCUACAGACUGAGGGACAUCGUCUCUUAUUAUUGUGGCAGACUUCGGACAAGGCACAUCCAAUAGCCAGCCUUUGAUGGUGAUGAUGGUAAUAGUCUAUGUGUAAGUGAUGGCAGACUGCAAGUGACGCAUGUAGCACAACUAAAUCGUGAUCGCAUUAGCUGCCACAGUCUCAUUCUUUUAGUUAUCAUGGGCCCAGCAUCACGUCUAUUUAUUACAUUCAUGCCAUCUCUGAAGAGGGGGAUCCUUGAGUAUGAGGUGGCCAGGUUCCCCUCAAGCUGCAACCUGCAGUUUUUUUUUGCCUGGUCAUCCUCGAAACUUUGUUGCAGAAUAAAUUCAAUUCAAUUCAAUUCAAUUCGAUCUGCAAACUGGACAAGGGCUCCAUGACUGCCAAAAGUUCGAGACCCUCUGGUUUAUGACACCACAGUUACUCAGUACCAGCAAUUAAGCAGGGAGUGUUCGCUUGGCUGGUACCUUCUAAAAAACAUUGCCAAAACCAUGAUCUGAUUAUGAGGCACGCCAUAGUUGGUGACUCCGGAAUAAUUAUGACCACCUUGGCAUGCACCUAAAUCCAAGUAGAUAGGUGUUUUUACAUUUCGCCCCCAUUGAAAUGUGGUUGCCGUGGCCGAAAUUCGAUUCCGCGACAUUGUGCUUAGCAGCCCAACACCAUAGCCACUAAGCAACCACGGUGGGUUAGUUACUGUCUCAACAAUGCAACAACACUUACAAUGGUAACAGAGUUCAUUGCUUUUUAAUUGAGAGGUCUCAUUUAGAUCAGACUUGUACGUAACAAAUUACGUGUAAUUAAUUACUUGUAAUCAGUUACGUUUGUUGGUUAUAUUGUAAUUUAACUAUUAAUUUGUUUACUCAGUAACACUCCCUGUAGUUCAGUUACUUUUGACAAAACUAGUUCUGACAGACGACACUGCUUUGAGAUUUAGAGAACUUAAAUAUUGUGGUUGUGGGACCUAGAGAUCCAAAGGGAUGAAAACAUGUACAUGGGUUACCUCCUUUCCACAAUCAGUGUCCUGCAGCUACACCUGGUUCACAUAAACAUGGCAAGCUUGCAGAUUUGCACACUUCUCUUGGUUGUCCGACUUAUAAGGUUUUUUUACGUAGUAAAUUUAUCGCCCUCUCUCCUGGAAGCGCUUAUGGGGGCAGGCCUUCGUAGGUUAAAAAACUCUGCUGAGAUCUUCGCUUACUGCAGUCUGUGACUUCUUUGAUAUAGACAGAAGUUGUUGGCAGGUAAACUCAUAUGUUUCUUGGUAUUCACGUUUAUUUAUUUGUUUUGUGCAUACGUACAUAAAGAUACAUUUGUGCCGUUACAGAAAGAGGUCGCAGGACACAGGGCUUGUAUGGGGACCUCCUGUCAGUUAGCUAUAAAAAACAUAAGUGAAAUAAAAUAGCAGUUCAACAGCAAGAAAUAGAAUACAUUUGUAAUAAUUAUCACAGGAAAUAACAACAGAAGAAACACAGCACCAAUGUAGAUAACAAAAUAUAAAGGAGAUCAUCAAAUACGUGGUGAAGUUCGGAGUAUUGAAUAUUGACAAGAAGAGAUAGUAUGUAGUUCUUUUUUGAGCUGGGCUAAUGAAGACAUAUUUCUAAUAUGGGAUGGUAUUUUAUUCCAAAUUUACAGUGCAGUAAAGGCCUGCCUUCCAUAAUUUUUGUGUACUUUCGGCAACAAGAAAUUUUUAUUACCAAAGAAUCCAGUUGAGGUGAUGUUUACUGGAGAAAUAUUCGCAAGUUGUUAGACAGAAUUAGAUAUUUAUGGUUCUGAAGAAAAAUAAAUGCACAAUUAAACUUUA